CAAAUAAUUAAUAGUUUAAUUAAGGCGUUGUUUGGAUGAGAAGAACAGAGGCAUGAGGUUAGGGUGAUUUGAAAGAUGAAGAAGAAGUGAGAGUGAGAGUGAGAGAAUGCGAAUGGCAUCAUCGUCGUCGGCGUUCAUGUUGAUCUGCAUCCUGCACUCCCUCAUAGCGGUCACGUGUGGGGCGCUGAUGAUGUUCUACAUGAAGGAGGUUUACACGUUCGGCCACGGAGUCCAGACCGCCACCAAGCUCUUGGGAUCCACGCCACACGAUCAGCUCCUCAUCAAGACCUCCGAUUCCUUCUCCGGCCUUCUCCUCGUCGCCAUUGGCUUCCUCCUCUUUAUGGUCUCCUUCGUCAGGGAUCGCGAUUUUCAGGUCUUCUUCGCCAAGGGCUGCACGCUUCUCCACCUCUUCAUGGCCAUGUGGAGGAUCUACUUCGAACGCAAGGUCGAGGAUCUUGCCUGGGAUUGGCUCCGCCAGACUGUCGGUGACCUUCUCUUGGCCCUCUCCUGGGUCUUCUUUCUUGUUUACUCUUGGAGGGAGAAGUAUGAUUAGUUUCCCCCUUUCUUUUUCCUUGUCAUUUUCCUUUUAUUUUCUUAAAUUAAAAUCUUUUCACCUUUCGAUUUACCUUGUAAAGAAUCGGAUCUCAAUUUGUUUUUAUCAAUUCUGUGUUGAGAGAUACCUUCUCAAUUGCCUUC